AAUUCAAAAGCAUUGCAUAUGACUGAAAUUUCAGCGACGGCCCGUCGCCCAAAUUGUUCUUCAUCUCUGCUCGAUUUAGCGAAGCUAUUUGAUAAAGCAUCAGAUGCCGAAUAUCGCACUAAAAAAGCCAACGAGGAAGAAAUCUUAUGCUGGAACACCUUGCCAACAUUCGUGAGAAGAGAUCAAAAGAAAUGGGUAUACAGCUUCCGAAAAUCUCCCGUAGUUCUCUAACUAGAAGGACUCAAAGGUCUAUGAAGCUUGUUAGAAUAUUCGAGAAAAUAGGUAUGGAUAAAAUUAAGUAUCUUAGUGAAUAUAGU